CCCAGGGAAUAGUGGGAAGUGGCUAGCUUUGCCCAUCACCAGCCGUGCAGUUUCAGGGGGAGUGGUUUGUCCUCGGCUUGGCGGGCAACACCUACAAGAGAGAGCACAGGUCCUUGCUGCAUCCCUACAUCACAUUGUUCGAGCUAAAAAACAACAGCCAUUUUCGGGUGACCAACUCCAUGACUCGGGGCAAGCGCUGUGACACUUGGUCCUAUUCCCUGAUCCCAACAACCAAGCCUGGACAGUUCACUGUGGAAAACAAAGGGUCCAGGGCAGACAAAGAAGACAUGCAGGUGAUCGAGACAGAUUAUAUCAAGUUCUCCCUGAUGCUGUCCCUCAGACAAACAAGCAGCCAAACCAUCACCAGGGUCAGCCUUCUGGGUAGAAACUGGAGGCUUUCUCAUCAGAUGAUAGACAAGUUCAUCUGCUUGACCAGAACCCAAAACCUCACAAAGAAUAACUUCAUCUUCCCUGAUGUGACCGACUGGUUACCUGAUCCAAAACUUUGCUGAAGAACGGAAUGGCUCCUGCAGUACAGACUCACCCUGCUUUUGCUCUCAGCACAAAUAAAC